UAAAAAUCGAUAAUUCAAUGUAUCGACCAAUUUAAUUUCGGAUACGAAUACCACGGAAUUAGGUAAAUUUAUUUACAUUAAUUCGUGUACAUUUUCGUUCAUCUUCCAAUUUCAUUGUAUUAAAAUCGUACGAUUGAAAGGUUAAUUAACCUGUUGCGUAUUAAUAGAACAAUUCUUGAUUGAUAAUAGUUUAUUCAAGAUGUCGUUAACGUGGUUAACGCUACUCUUACUAAUUUACAGUGAUUGUGGUUCCGGUGAAAACAGCGAAUUGCUAAGCUUAGCUGUAUUAUACCGACACGGGAACAGAUCGCCCCGUAUAAUAUACAAAAACGACAUUCACAGGGAAAAAAUCCCGAAAUUAUGGCCGGAAGGUUUGGGGCAAUUGACCAACAUCGGCAAACGACAAGCGUACGACUUGGGCCGGUGGUAUCGCGAGAAAUACGCGGAUUUCAUCCCGCGGAAAUACCACAAAAACUUCGUGAGGGUGCUCUCCUCGGACAGGGACAGGUGCCUGAUGUCCGCCGCUUGUAACCUAGCAGGUCUGUUCCCGCCCGAAGGGGUGCAAGUCUGGAACGAUCAAUUGCCCUGGCAACCGGUGCCCAUUCACACGAUUCCUUCCGAUCGAGACGGGAUGAUCCAGCAGAGCGACAGGCGCUGCAGGAAGCAUGACAGGCUCAUGGGCGAGCUGGUGCGAUCGGAGAACGUCCAGAAGUUUCUCAGAUCGAAAAAGAGGCUCUUUGAAUACUUGUCUAAUCAUACGGGGGAGGAUCUACGAGUACCCGAAGAUGUGAAUCCUGUACACGAUUUGUUGUUUAUACAGGAUUUCCUGAAUUUGACUCUGCCUGAGUGGACUAAAGGUGUAUUCCCGCAGGAAACUUCGGAAAUGCUUGUUAUGGGUUUCGCUUUAUCGUCAAAUACUACGGAGUUGGGCAGGUUAAAAUCCGGUCUGGUUCUCGACUACAUCACGACGUUCUUCGAGGACUACCUGAAGAACCCGCAGUCCACGCAGAAAUUCCUGAUGCUCUCGGGCCAUGAUAGCACCAUGUCCACUUUGAUGAAUGUCCUGGGCGUAUUCGACUGGACCUGGCCCGACUACUCCUCCACUUUGGUGUUCGAAUUGCGCAGGAAACACGGAAAUGUGUUUUUGAGGAUUUAUUUUAAAGAUAGUAAAAAAAUACGGAAUCUGAAACUGCCGCGGUGUUCUACGGAUUGUAAUUUCGAGGAAUUCAAGCGAAUAACUAAAGAUUACCGGAUAAAUGAUGAAGAAUGGGUGAAAGAAUGCGCCAGUGGCUAAAUA